AACGAGACCUUGCCAGAUUGUCCUUACUCAUGCCAGUAGCAACUGCUGUGAUAACUUUUUAUGUUUUCUACUCAGUAUGGGCCGAGUUGCUUUAUCAUAAGCUAGUCUGAAUUAUAUUGUUCUUCUUUUAAAUAUUUAGUAUCUCAUUAAAAACUGAUUUCGCUGGUUAAAAAAUUAGUAGGAUUGCUGCAUUUUGGGGCAGUAUAAAAGUAAAAGUCUUGGAGUAUGACAUUCUUACUAGACCUAAAUAAACUGCUACCUACAUUUAAAAUAAUUAUUAAUUUUUAAAGGUUCCUUUUUAAACAAUCUAUUUAAUGUAAUAGUAAUCUAAUAACAAUGUUUUUGCAUUUCAAAUAAUUACUGCAUUCCUCAAGAUUUUAUUAAAAUUGUACAACUCCUUCUCUCUCUCACAUUUUAUUCCCUCACUGAACUGAAUAACAGUGAAAUGUUUAUUGACAAUUGAAAUUGAGUACGGGUAUCUCGAAGUGGAAGUAGGGAUUAUUAAUACUAUUAUUAUUAAAUUAGCAAGUCGUAGUAUCAGCUAGUAGUAGCAUUCCUUUACAAUUGUAUCCUUUUUAGCACGAACUGAUUUAACUGAAAUUUCUGUAUGAUAAUAAUUUUCUUUAGUAUUAUUACCCCGGUACGGCAAAAAUCUGUUAUUUAUAUAUAAUUUGACCAUACUAUAUUAUUUAUAUAGGCUGAAUUCUAAAACUUUAAGCCUCAUACUGACUCAUACUCUUCUAUAGUAUAGAGUAUAUUCACAGGGGGGCCAACCAUGCAUGACUUCACAAUGCGUGACAAAGGUGUCUUAAUUUUUGUUACAAAUGUAUUAAUUUGGACUAUCAGGAAAAAAAAAAAGAUGUGGAGAAACACAGGUCAAAAUUGUAGAGAUGUCAUUCAAUUUAUGGAUGACCUCUAUCAUAACUGAGACAUAUAACUUUAACAAGUUCUCCCCUCAAUCUCUCCUGCCCAAACUAACACUUUCAUGUCCCACUCAAGAGAUGUGUAGCUAUGGGGGGGGGGGCAGAUAUCCCUGGGGGCUGACUAGUUGGGGGCAAUGUUCCCUUUAAGCUGCGCAGCUUAGCGGCCGCGCAGCUAUCUCACAGACGCCGUGCAGCAGUUUUGAGUAUCCGGGCAGCAACUUUCCAUGUAAGAAAACUAACACUUUCAUGUCCCACUCAAGAGAUGUGUAGCUAUGGGGGGGGGGGCAGAUAUCCCUGGGUGCUGACUAGUUGGGGGCAAUGUUCCCUUUAAGCUGCGCAGCUUAGCGGCCGCGCAGCUAUCUCACAGACGCCGUGCAGCAGUUUUGAGUAUCCGUGCAGCAAAUUUCCAUGUAAGUGUGUGUUUGUGGGCUGUAAAGUUUUGCACACAAAAAAGUUGAUGCUGUAAAACUUUGCACACAACUGUAUGAUUUUGCGCACGAACCAACAAACCUUAGAGGGAACAUUGGUUGGGGGUGUGUGAAUUUGCUUUGAUGGUAUUUUAUUGAUGUAAAUAAUGGUUUCCAUAGUUGAUGAGGUUUAAAAGUGAAUCUUGUCCCCUGGAUCCUAACACUCUUUCUAUGCCUCUGCCCCUCAGUGGUCAACCUCACACAAUCUUAAAUGCCUUUCUCUCACCCUAUAACCCCCACCCUCAAGAUACACUUGAUCUCAGCCCUUUCACUUUUCUAAAAAUAUGAUUUCCCCCCUCCACCUUACUCUUUUCACUUUCCCCCUUACCAUCACACACUGGCCCCAAUCAUUUAUUUAUUAAUUGAAAGCCAAAUGCCUACUUUAUACAAUUAACUUACAUACAAGUCAAAACACAGGAACAAAACAAAAAUAGAAAUAAUAACUAAUAAUAAAAUGAGGUUGCUGAAUACUUUGGCAUAUUUGUAAUAUUAUUCUAACAGGUAUAGGGAAUGGUGUAACAAUAAUGAUUUGAAAAGGGGGGGGGGGGCGGCGCUAAGACCUUACAUUUCAAUAUAAUACACAAAAACAUUAACAAAAACUCGCCAACUUUUUUUUUUUCCAUAAACUUAAUUGAAUAUUUGUAAUAUUAUUCUAACAGGUAUAGGGAAUGGUGUAACAAUAAUGAUUUGAAAAGGGGGGGGGGGGCGGCGCUAAGACCUUACACUUCAAUAUAAUACACAGACACAGUUACUAAUACUCGGCUACUUUUUUGUUUUCCAUGAACUUGAUUGGAGAGAAAUGCAUCAUAUUUGAAACUGUCUAUUAUGAGCAAAUAAAUUUAUUAUCGCCACACUUAAUAAUGCCAUAAAAAAAAAACUUAGAUUAAAAUGUAAGAAUGGACAUGAAAAUAAUAGAAUUUUUUUUAAAAAUUCAUUUCAGAAACCAAUACUUAUGGCAUAUUUCGAUUUUUUUUAAAAAUGACGUUGGCAUCACCUAUAAUCUUCCAUUCUUUGAUCAACUGUAAAAAAUGUGUUUCUUAUGGAUGCCAAAGUUUAUAUAAGAGUGUUGCAUGUAUUCACUCAUUUGGUAGGCAGUCGGCUACAAUGAAGCAUAAACAGAUCUCAAAAAUAUCUGAGUAUUAUUCUUUACUGGAUGUGGACAAAGACUGCACAGAAGAUGAACUUCGAGAUGCAUAUCUUAAAAAGGUUUCAAAUUAGAAUGUAUUUUUUAAUCAUUGUAAUAUAAGGAUUUUGAUUCAGUUUACUCACAAAGUCAAUACCGGUACAAAUUUAAUUUGGAAUUCUUAGGAAAAAAAGCUACGGUAUAUGGGUAAAGAUAUUUUAACAUGUUUGAAACUUUUAUCUAACUCAGGUGAAAGUAUAUCAUCCUGACACCAAAACAGCAAAUGGAGAUGCAAAUAAAUUUGCACAAAUUCAAGAAGCUUACAAGACUGCAAUGGUAUGUAUUGAGAUAAGAAUUCUUACCAUUCCUUCCCUUUAGUGACAUCACUUGGGUUAUCAUGUGUCCAGUAAUCAUCAUAACAAGAUGAUAAAGUAGUCCCACAUGAUUAGUAACCAAUUAAAAAUUUGAUAAGCACUGUACAUGUAAAAUGUAAGAUUAAAUAACUUUAACUUCCUUAAGUAUAAAGGGUAAUAACUCUAUAUUUAAAAAUUAAGUUAACUGCAGACAGGAGUUGAAUCUCCAUAAAUAUUUAUCAUGGUACCUGUAUCAAUAUUUCAGGCUCACAAGAGAAGUGCAGCUGUUCAUGAAGAAGAGGCAAAGAAAGCAGAAAACCAACAUGUUGUUGAGCACACCGUGCCUCAGCAUCGACAAUACUUAACUUUUGAAGUGAAGUUCUGUGGUUAACCAUUUACACUGUUUUUCUUUUUAUUUCGUCGAAAAAUUUAGGUUAGAUAAAGAUAGAAAAAUUUCAAAAUGUAAGUAACUGUAGUGUUACAGAGUUUUACUGAACCAAAGGUGGUGGUUCCAAAUCAAUACUAACCAUUAAUGAUGAUGGGAGCAGCCAAUAAUGUUUCCAUGAUUAUACCAAGAGUAGUAAGUGUUAUUCUAUGUGUACCAAGUGUUUGCUUAGACUUAGUGUAACUGGUGAUAUGUAACUUUGACUUCAGGGAGUAGGCUUUGGUUCACCAAGCAAAAGAGAGCGCCAGUAUAAACAAGUACGAGUUGCUCAAGCAGCUGAGUCUGUAUAUGAGCACCGGAAAUUGAAAUAUGGAAGCAAUGAGAGUGCCCUGCUGACUAAAGAUAAAGUUGAAGCUCGCAAAAUUAAAAUAAGGUAUGAUUUGAAGAAUCCAACUCUUGGAGACAUUUAAACCAAAAAAAAACACCAAGUAAGUCACUUGGUUUUAAGUUUAUCAUCCCAUCUUAGAAAAUCAGGCCUUUAAUUAUUUUAAUUGUCAUAGUUACAAAUUUUAACUGACAGGUCCCGAUUAAUUAUUAAAACUAAAAUAACAUAAAAAGUAAAUAGAUGUUGGGGGAGAGAAUGAUACAGUUUAAGUCUACUAAGGCUGACAAGUUUGUAUGAACUUACACUUACAGUAACCUGAUAGACAGAGUAGUUGAUGACAUGAUAAGAGAGUCAAUGCAGAAAGGUGAUUUUGACAAUUUAUCUGGAUACGGGAAGCCACUUGAUCGCUCUGACUACAAUCCAUUUAUUGACCUAACCACCCAUAACAUUAAUAAAAUUAUGGCCAAUAAUGGUUUUAAACCAGAGUGGAUUAUGCUGUCCAAAGAGAUAAGGUAAAUAUUCUUAAAAGUAAUGCAUUUAAGGACCAAUCUGUAUGACACCAAAAGUAAAAGUACAAAUAAAUUUUUAUUGACUGUAGUUAAUGUAAUGAAGUCUAUAUAAGUAUAAAUGCUGGCUUACAUUUGUAAUAAAUGUUAAAAAUAAUGUUUUAUUUUUAGAGACAGUAUAUGCACUGCAAGAGAAAAACUGGCCGUACUUCGUGAACAGUUAGGGCCACCCCCAUAUUCUGAAGAAAGUGAAGUCCGAUGGAACUUUCACAUUGACAAGUUUAAAAAUCAAGUGGAGGAAAUUAACCAAAUGAUCAAUAAGUAUAACUUUAUUGUGCCAUUUAUGGAGAGGCAAAUGGUCCAUUACAAUGUUGGGCAAAUUAUACAGGACAUAUCAGAUGGUGGACAUGUCAAAUACCUUCCUACAGACAAGCAUGGACAACCGCUAGAUGCUACCCAGUUGGCCCCUCUACCAAAAAUCGCAGCAGAACAGAUAAAGAUCAACUGGAAAGAAGUGUGGUGUAAUAUCAGAGAUGUUUUUACUGUAAGAUAACCAACAUCACCGAUUUUUUAAAAUUAAUUACAUUUAAAAUGUGUUAUUGUUAAAUUGAAAUUAAACAUAAUUUAUGCAACCAUAUUUUUGCAUUCAAUUUGACAUUUUAUUACCCAUGAUAUUUACACAAGUGGCCAAGUGCUCUAAUCUGAGUCAAUCCAAAAAGCUUGUGGACUGGAGUUCAAUCUCCCCCCCCCCCCUCACCUAGACACGCACAAUUAUCACCAGCACCCCAGGUGGAUGGUCCUCCAUAGCCUUGGACGGCAACUCAUCUAAGAGAAGGAAAGACUCUGAAUUCAAACCCAGACAUGGAGUCCCAUAGAUGGAUAACACUGACACAACUCCUGCAACGAUACUGGUGCCAAGCCACAUAAGAUGUUCCCUUGGGUUAUCCAGGUGCAUGGAGAGAGUAGAUUUGCUGUCUAGGAAACUAGCACUUAUACUCAUAAAGAAAAAUCUCAGACCUUGUUGAAGUCUACACCAUUGUCACAUUGUGAUGGACAGAUGUCAGAAAAAAAAAAGAUAGAAUGCACCAAAUUUUGAUGAUUCAAAUCUAGAGGCAGGUGACCCAAAUUUAGAUGGUUAAAAUUUUUUAAUAUAUACCCCACUGUAUGUAAAAUUAAACAGGGCUGAAAUAGAACAAUUUAUUCUGAUGCAAGGAAUUAAGCCAUCUACUGAAUUUCUUCUUUCUUAGAGGUGUUUUUUCAUUUUAAUUGCUUCAAAUUACUAACAAGCUGCAUGGAAUAUGAAAUUUGUUUGGCUAAACACUGCAAAGAUUGAUUCUUGGAGACUAUAUGUGUAGUAGAAGCCACUAAGCUCAAUUUUGAUGUUACUGUUGCUUUUAUGAUUACUGUUUCUGUGUAAUUUUGUUUUGCAACUAUUGUGCUUGCAGUUUGAAUUUAUUUUAAAUGUGUAACGAGACCACUGAAACUAAAUUUUGAAGGACAAAGUGUAAUAUAAUUUUAAUUAAUAUUCUAAAUAAUAUAUUAUCAUUAGGCUACACAGUGUAAGUGUAAUCAGUUAUAAAGUAAGGAUGUUUAUGUUAGCCAUCUUCCUCCAUGGCAAAAUGAAAAGUUUUGGACAGUACUUCAAGCAGGCAGAUAACUUUAGACCUACUCAGCUGAGUGUUGGGACAACAUAAAAAGAUAUCACAUAUAAACAAGCCCCAUGGUAGUUUGGUUAAGAUAGCAAAUACUAGUAAUAUGUGCAUACUUUUCUACUAAAAUAAAUUUAGUUCCAUUUCUUUUUAACAGGACAAAACAAACAUUCUCACAUCAGUCACUGUUCUGAUCAGAAGUCAAAACAAAAUUUAAAGAACAUAUUUUAUAUUGUUUAAUGUUAGUUUUGAAAAAUGUGCACCUAUUUAAUAAAGUAUCCGUACCC